CGGUGCUGUCUCCCUCACCUGAACUCAGCUCGCUGCAACCAGGGCACAGGGGGCUCCUUGUGGGGCUUGGGGGUGAGGGGAGCAGCUCAGCGCCGGGCCCCACAGGCUGGGCUUUGAGGGAGUCUCAUGCAGGGUCAGACUUUGCCCCCCCCCCCUUUCCAAAUUCCCUCUGAACAGGAAAGCUGCGCCCCCUGAAGCCCGCUGUAAGGACACGCUGGAAGGGACGUGUCAUGUUGGGUCAGUGGUGGAGAUGGAGCCGGCCUUUCUUGGGUACCUCAGGAGCUCUCCCCUGGUGACUGGAGCCACGUCCGUGAAAACAGGGAAAAGGAAUUUAUUUCACUUUAGAGAGCAAAAUGUUCUCCACAUGGCUUGUGCAUUUGGCAAUUUGGUGUUUGGUACAAGCAGUAACAGAAAAUUGCAAAAGAGGAGACAUGAUCGCUAGCACAGAUUCUGUAGUCCUUCCUGGAUCAAACAUUACCCUCUCAUGCCAGCUAAAACAGGGUGAACAAUGCAAGGAGCUAAUUUUCAAUAAGUCUGAAAUAGUCCUUGCAUAUGGAAGACACACAUUUAGUUGCAAAUGUAAAUCGAAUGGAAAAAUCAUCUGUGGAAUUGACAUCUAUGUUGGAAAUCCUCCAGACCAGCCAGGAAAUGUAUCCUGUAUUCUGUAUGGAAGAGAUGGGAACCUUACUUGCACUUGGGAUAAAGGAAGACUUACUCACAUAGAAACUACCUAUGUGGUACAGCUAACAAAUGAGACAGAAUGCUUAAGUUUUGCAGAAGAAAGUAUGAAUCCUAAAUACGGCUCACUGAAUCUGACCAAGUUGAAUUUUGAAUCCAAUUAUACAGCUGUGGUUGCUGCCUCAAAUAGACUAGGAAAUGCUUCUUCCCUACCCUUUACAUUCAUGUUGAUAGACAUAGUGAAACCUCAUUCUCCAACAGAUAUUUUAGUGAAAUUUGACAACGUUUCUGAAACAAAUUGCACUGUCUUGUGGCAGGAUCAACAACAGACACAAAGCUUUCGACUAAGAUAUCGACCGGUUAACAGUCACUCCUGGAAUAUGGUUGAAACUUUAAAUUCUACAAGAUACAAUCUACAUGAUCUGAAGCCACAUACAGAGUAUGAAUUUCAGGUUUGCUGCAAAUUUCACCCUAACAGAGGAAUAUGGAGUGACUGGAGCACAUUUCGAAUACAGACUCCAGAAGCAGUGCCAAGUGCGUUGUUAGAUGUCUGGUACAGAAGGCAGGAUAUGGACUCCCAAACACAGAAGAUCACGCUCUUUUGGAAGGUUAUGAGCAAGUCAGAAGCAAGAGGAAAGAUCCUGCAUUACAUACUGGACUUUCAAGCACUAAACCAGACGAGUCCUAGAACAAACGUGACCAUUACCACACAAACCCACUACACAAGAGUCCUCCCCAAGGUGGAUUAUAAUAUAAUGGUCUAUGCUCAUAAUUCAAAAGGAAACUCACCUCCAACAUCCAUCAUUACUGAUCUGAGUAUUUUAGAUUUACCUCCUCCACAAAGCAUCUCUGUUAAACCAAUGGGGAAUAACAGCAUCUUUGUCAGUUGGGAGCCUCCCGUUGAAUCCGCAGCCUUCCUCAAUGGAUAUAUAGUGGAAUGGGCAGAGACACAUAGCCCUGAACCCCAUCUGAACUGGAUAAAAAUUCCAGCAUCCAAUUUGUCAACAACAAUAUCAGAGAACAUAAAGCAUGAUGUGUGCUAUGACAUCAACGUAUUUGCACUUUAUAGGAACAGAACUGGGCAAGUGGCUUCAGCUAGAGGAUACUCGAAACAGGAAGCACCAUCAGCUGGCCCCCAGGUUUAUACAGCAGUAAAAGGAGAUGGUGUUUGGGUUUCAUGGGAAGAAAUUCCAGGCCACCAGCAAAUGGGCUGUAUCACUAGCUACAAAAUAUACUUGAGGAAGAAAAACUCAGAGGAAGGCCCUAAAGUUUAUGUCAUCCAUAAAGAGACUUCCAGAAAUUCAUUUUUAAUGAAAAACCUGCAGCAUGGUGUGAACUACGUUUUGUGGAUGACAGCUUCAACCAUGGCUGGAGAAAGCCCUAUGGGGAACGAGGAACUGGUUUACCUAGAAAGUGCUUCUGAAUGGAUUAUUGUUUCAGCUGCUUGCAUCUUCUUCGGCAUUUCAACCUGCAUUUGCUUUGUGCAAUCUGUUCAAAAAGCAUUAUGCUCACUCCUUUCUGUCCUUGUACCUCAGUGGUACAGAAAAGCCAUUCCAGACCCAGCUAACUCUACGUGGGCUAAAAAGUACUCCUCUGUAGAGGAUGAGCUGAACUUAGAUUCCAAUCAGUUCCUAAGCUACUUCAGCAGUUUUGAAGAGACUGAAACUAUAGAAGUAGAGGAAGUCUUCAUAAAAAGGGAACCAAUGGCUUUCAAGGACAUACCCACCUUCAACAACUUUAAAAACAGUGAAGGUCAUGAUUGGCAAACAAUAGAAAACAGCUUCGAGAAGCAGGAAUCCACUGAAAAGAACUCUGAGUACAAACCUUUGGCCCCCAGCUCACCAGAUGAUGGAGACAAUUAUAAGUGUCACCUGCCUUACUUGUACAAAAAAGUAGUACUGGAGGAAACAGAGCAAAUUCAAACGGUUUCUGAGUACCUUACCAAUCCACUUACAGACAUGACUGUGAACUAUUUGCCUUCAAACAUAUUGUCUCCCAUUAUGGACACAAAUGAAGAAAGCAAUGAAUUUGAAUGCAAAUCCUUCUCCAUUUUCCCAGCAACUUCUGUUCUGAUGCCAAUGUUUUCUUGUGGAGGGAAACUUACUUUGGAUGCAGUAAAAAUUGACUGCAAUUCUUUCACAGACUAAGCAGUCCAGCUUGUAUGUCUGUUUUUGGGUAUUCUGGCCAGGUUCUGUGCACUUUAGUCAAAUACACAAAUCACAAAAUUGUAUUUAGUUUGAUAGUACCAACUCAUCCACUUCAUGAAAUUUAAAGGAAAGGUGUAAAAUCUAAACAUACAAAUGGUUCGAGUUGUGUUUUGUGUCUUACUUUGUGAGAUAGUACAUGUUUUACAUCUCUUUCUUGUGUGGAUCUUAUGAGAACCUGCUUUUGAGGUAGGUGACAUGUUCAUACAGAUAAGAAGUUGAGAGUUCUUACAGCAGAGCAUACUUAUAUAUUAACUGCCAAAAGUUCCAUUUUAAUGUAGAGCAGAGGUUCUCUAACUGGGUGAGGGAGGGAAAUGGCACUGAAUGUAUUCUGGGUGUGUAUGAGAAGCUUUAGGGGGAAAAAACCCUUACUGUGCACAUUGUACCCACAGCUAUGAAUAACUCUUGAGGUUUGAGGGAGACAGGGCAUCCAUCUUACACCCUAGCAGCUGUUCAAUAUGCCACUCGUUUGCACUGCUGCUGGUGGUGACACUGCCUUCAGAGCUGAAGGAAGGUGGUAAGGUGGAAGUCCCUUAAACUUAAAUGGCUCUGUUUGAAUCAGUGCCUUACUGUUUUUAAUAUUUAGUGAGAGUUGCAUGUUUUUUUUUUUAAUUGGUAUAUGUGCUAGUGGGGGGACUACUACAAACACAAAGCAGAGUGGGGGAGGAGGGGGUGCGAUCAAAUAAAUUGAAGAAACACUGAUGUAGGGUAAAGGCUGCCCAUCCCUGCCUUGUACCUGUGCAGAAUAUGGCUACACUGAAACCUUUGAAAACGAAGAAAUACUGAGGGCAGAUCCACACAACCCUCUCUCAUCAACUUUAGACAGCGCACCCCGCCCGCAUCUUUGAGGUCUCAGAUUAUUUUUGUGGAGGGAGACCAUGAUCGAAAGCAUCCCUGUAUUCACACCCUACGCAUUACUGUAAUAAUCUUUGUACAAAUUAUGCCUUGUGAGGUGUCUUUUGAAAAUUAGUAACUCGCUGGUCAAAAUAUGGUGAAAUAUAUGUAGCAACAUUAUAUAUUAUGUAAAGUUAUGAAUUCCCCCUGUCUGAUAUUAGCACAUGUUCCAAAACCAGCUGGCUCUGCCUAGGCAAAAGUGGUUAAACAAGCCUGUUCUAAGUAAAGAACUGUGAGUUUACCUCAGUUUACAUAUAAGAUGUAAACAGGGCCUUCAAGACAGUAGGGGGAGAAGAUGGCAGGAAACAAAACAAUUUGGAUUUCAGCAAACACAAGUAGGGGAAGAAAGCAUGGAGCCUCCUUCACCACCAGACUCCAUGUCACCUUCUUUGCUGAUUGAAUGAACUUUACUUUGAAGAGUGACCCUCAGAAGAAUCCACUUCAAAGGUUCAUCAGACUGUAAAAGAACGGGGCAGAGAUGCCCAAGCUAUAUCUUUCACCUAAGACAACAAAGGCACCAGCAAUUUUGGGCCUCUAGGAGAGAUCCUAACCAAGGAAAGGGUCAGUCACCCUGGUGCUGGAAGACUGGGGGUGAGAAAGGCCAUCUUAAAACAAAGCCUUCAACCAAAAUUUGCUAGUUUAAGUUUUAGACACAUGGUUUCACUUUUAUUUGCUUGUAACAAUCUCACUUUAUUUCAUACUUGAAGUCACUUAAAAUCUUUUUUACUAAUAAACUUGUUUUAUUUUUAAUCUAAACCAA